AUGUCGGUUAUGGAUGGUAUCAUCUUUAAAGGCCCAAAGAUUGUCGUACCCAAAUGUUUGCGUCUCUCUAUGUUGGAGACUCUACAUACUGGACAUUUGGGUAUUGAGAAGUGUCGUCGUAGAGCCAGAGACAUGAUGCUGUGGCCUCAAAUGAACAAGGACAUUUCAGACUUUGUUCUCAACUGCAAUGUAGGCUUUGAGUUAAGAAACUCUAACCCAAAAGAACCUCUCCUACCGCGUAACAUUCCAGACAGACCAUGGCAAACAAUAGCCACUAGCUUGUUCUCGUGGAAUGGUGAAGACUUUGUUGUCAUAGUAGAUUACUUUAGUAGAUAUUUUGAAGUCAGCAAACUGCCAAGUACUACCAGUAAUUCAGUAAUUGCUAAGCUUAAAGAUGCAUUCUCUCGUCAUGACAUUCCUGAAAAGGUAAUAUCUGAUAAUGGUCCCCAGUACGCUAGCGAGAAAUUCACAGAAUUUGCAUUACUAAAACUUGGGAUUUCAUCCACGAAACAUCCAGCUCGCAUUUCGCACAAUCACAAAGGCUAA